GUUUUGUCCCAUUGUAGCUCACUUAGUUGGUUCAUCACACACUGUUGCUCAACAACUUCCUAGCAUUAAAAUUCUCUUGUUACAUUAGAGGUAGGGGUCUCACAGGAGGAACUCAGACAAGGCUGUGGUCUUGCUGUUAACACCUGCCCAACAUAAUCUGGACAAUAAGAGGCCUUGUAGCGGUGAAAUGCAUUUUAAAGACCCUGUGAGACAAGACGUUAUGUAAUUUAUUUAACGGGUUCUUCUGCUGGAUACAGAAAGGGAAUCAAUAAACAGGAAAUCUGAGAAUGUUUUCGGAGGGCAUGGCGAUAAACGGUGUCCCCCUCUGCUGCGUGUAACUCUGAUAGGAUGUAAUUCUGCACCGGGAUGGGGAGGAGAACAAGCUGGGAGGAGGGAAUGAGUGGAGAAACUCACAGAGUGAAUGAAAGAAAAAAAAAAGAAACAGCAAGGGGUAAGACAUACAGAAUAAUGAGGGGAGUGCUUUGGGAAUUAAUUUUCUUCAAACUGACCUAUGGAUCCUACUGCUGUCUGGACUCUGCUACAAUAAAGAAAUGGAUCUACACGUGUCAGACUCUUCUGACAGUACGGCCAACAUGGACCGCAUGAGGAGGAAUAAAGUAGAGCAUGAGCGUCAGACCCAUCAGGUCUUACAGAAUACUCCUUUAGAUUUGAUUGAAACGGGCAAGUCCUUGAAAGUUCAGGCAGAGCGCCCCCAUCUGGUUAGCCUGGGAAGUGGACGCCUGAGCACAGCCAUCACUCUACUGCCACUGCUAGAAGGGAGAACCACGCUGGGCAGCGGUGGGACAGAUAUCCCCCUGCAGGGCCCAGGCAUUGCAGCUCAGCACUGCUACAUUGAAAACCAAGGAGGGAACAUUACCCUGUACCCAUGUGGAAACCAGUGCUCUGUGGAUGGACUUCCCAUCACCAAACCCUAUCGCCUCACACAAGGGUGCAUGCUGUGUUUUGGUCAGUCUGCCUUCUUCCGCUUCAACCAUCCCGAAGAGGCUCAGAGGAUGAAGAGUAUGCUGCCUGCAGGGAGCCUCAGAGUGAACACAGUCAAACCGCUCCCCUCUGACCCCCGCAACAUCUCAAAUGGAAACCACAAGUCUUUUUCAGACAACAAUGACGCUAAACUCAACGGCAUGGCAGAAACUCUUCAGGACUCCCUGAAACUGAAACCAUCCUCAUCCUCUGGGUUUGAUAAACAGCCUUCUCAACAAACUAUUUUGGACAUGCCAAAUGGAAAAGCUGCCAAUCCGCCUGGCAGUUCCAAUCAAGAAAACAGCAGCAGCAUCUCUUUCACUCAAAAUGCCACCAAUAAACCCCUGGUGGUACCGGUUCCUUAUCCACGGACCUCACGUUCGGUGGCUUGGAAUGGUGCUGGUGGGACUCAGAGAACUCAGGAGAGUCCAAAGUCACUUAGAAAUGCUAGCAAAGAGACAAUGUCAAGCCCCAAGCUCCAUGUUAAGGGAUUAGAAAACUCAAGCAUUAGUCAAAAACCCUCCUCUAUAAAAAUUUCCCGCACUGCUCCAUCCAGUCCUCAACUGAGAAGUUCCUCCCUUCAGACGAGAUCCCCCAGCCCAAUGCGAGAGCUGGGUCAGCCUGUCUCUGAUGUUGAUGUCCCUCAUAGGAUGACCAGCUCCUCCAACCUAAGGGAGCUUCCCCGGGUCAGUCCCUUUGUGUCCUACAGGGGGACUGCAGGAUCCCAAGCAGUUCCUCAGAGUCCGCAGAGCCAGCGCAAACUCUUAACAACACCAAAAGCAGAAGCCAUGAGGGCUCCAUAUCCACAGAACCCAUCGUCUCUCUUUGGGAUGGAGAAGCAGUUAGAGGGCAGACCUUCAUGGCCUGGACCAGCAACUGGCAUUACCUCGGGGCUGGGUUCAGUGUUUGGGUUGUCUCCUCUGGCAAGUCCAAGCAACGAGCGAAAGACCCCCUCCAGCAAAGAAGGGAAUCCUACAAAACCAUAUACCAGGGAGCGCAAAAACAGUAUCUCUGAGAUCAGCGAUAAUGAGGACGAGUUGCUGGAGUACCAUCGGUGGCAGAGAAAAGAGAGGCUGAAGGAGCAGGAAAUGGAGAAAAUGGAGCGACAGAGGCUGGAGACCAUUUUGAAUCUCUGUGCGGAGUUUAAUCAGGAAGACGGCGCCGCGGAGCUGGUGAGGAGUGGGCUGCGUGGUUCUGGAGGAGUGGACCCAGACUCUGAAGGGGGGACGUCUCUAAUGGGAGCACACCGAGCCCAGAGAGCGGGGGAGAACGAUGAGGAAAUCCAGAGGGAGGAGUCCAGUAGCACAGAGAGCACACAUCAAGAGUGUGAGGAGCUGUUUGCUGGACAGGAGCAGGUCUACCUGGAGGAGGAGAGGAAAAGGGUCUUGGUUCGGGUUGAUGACUUGAAGUACAGAGUUGGUGAACUGGAACAGCAGCUACAAGAGACCAAACAGGAGGUGGAGAUGGAGCAGGCCCUGCUGCAGGCCGAGCGGCGGGCGGAGCAGGAGCAGGUGGAGGCUGAAAAUGAAAUCAUCGCUCAGCUGCAGCUCAAACUCAGCCAGCUGGACAAGGCCACUCAGAAAGAGAAGGACAAGGGCAGAGCUAAUGUGUCGGCUGAGCGGAAGGCCCUGGAAAAGCAGAGGAAUGAGUACAAUGAGCUGAAGAGGCAGUUUGAUAUGUGCCCCUUGUCUCUAAGGGAACAGUUGCAGGAGCCGCUCAGCAGGAAAGUCGAGGCUCUGGAGUGUGGGACCAAGCAGUUUGAGGAGCUGGAGUUUUGCCAGCUGGAGGAGGAGAGCCGCCUAGAGGAGAGGAAGGAAGCCCGCUGCUCGCAGCUAAUCCAGGAGCGAGCCGAGUAUCACAGCAGUGUCGCCAACAGGAAGGAGAGGAUUGCUGCUCUGGAAGCUCAGGUGAAGCAGCUGGGGAUGCAGGCUACCCAAGACUGCGAGAAAAUCGCAAAAGACCGGACAGCAAUGCUGCAGCUUCUACACAAGGAGCAAGACACACUGUGCAACCUUGAGAGGCAAUACCACACCCUGACAGGAGGAAGAAACUUCCCAAAGUCCUCCAGCAGCAUGAAAGAGGAAUCGCUUCACAUCAGUGAGCCUGACCUUGUUUCUGUGGACGGUCCUCCUCAUAGCCCCUGUCCCUCCUCUUCUCACAACCCCUCCCCUGAGCUCUGUCCUGUCAGGCUGCAAGAGGAGUAUCUCAGGCUGUCUGAUGUCUAUCGGAUGUAUGGAGAUCCUUAUUCCUCCUCCCCUGCUGCUCUCCACUGCCUCUCUCUAACUGUAUCUCCAGCUCUGCCAUGCGAGGACUACAUCACAGUGAGUCAGCUAAGCCAGAUCUUUGGGAUGCAGAGAUCUAGGCCUUCCUCUUCCACCUCUACUCCAUCAUUCCAACUUGCCUCGUCUGAAUCCUCCUUCUCGUGCCACUCAGCUGCAUGUGGUCCUUCCUCCUUUCUUUCUGCACAGAGCCAUGCUGAGCUGAGCAGGAAUGCAAUGACUCCCAUUAAUCUUGAGCGCUGGUACCAGGACAUCAUGGCUGCUGGAGACUGCCAGUCAUGUCCUCCACCGCUGCCUGCAAAGUCUUUUUCCUCACGCAGACAUGGGCAGAUGUUAAAGUCUAAGUCAGAUGGUGAGGUUGGACAGGGACCAUCGCCUGCUCAAAUCUGCAGCACUGCACUCCUCUCUCUCUCCAGCGGCGUCAUGCAUGACAGACAUGCCGCCACGACGUUGAUGCUGAGAGAGAAAAACCUGUUAGACAUGGACUCCAGGAAGCAAACAGCUCUGCAGUGCAAAGAUCCAUCUCUGACGGUCCAUCACUCAAUCCUGCACCACCAGCCGCCACCGAGCGGCACCCAGGCGUACGACACCCUGAGCCUGGAGAGCUCCGACAGCUUGGAGACCAGCGUCUCCACUGGCAACUCCGCCUGUACUCCGGAAAGCGCCUGUGGGUUGGAGGCCCAGAGGAUAGAGGAGAUGGAGAAGAUGUUGAAGGAGGCGCAGCAGGAGAAAGCCAGGCUGAUUGAGAACAGAGAGAGGGAGGUGCAGGCUCGGCGGCAGAUGUUGGAGGAGGAGCGGAGGAGGCGAGAGGAGGCCGAGAGGAGGCUUCAGGACGAGUCGGCCCACAGGCGGAGGCUGGUGGAGGAGGAGGUGAAGAUGAGAGAGAAGCACUUCUCCCAGGCCCGUCCAAUGACUCGCUACCUGCCAAACCGUAAGGAGGAGUUUGACCUGCGCGCCCAUGUAGAGUCGUGUGGCCACUGCAUAGACACCUGCCCCUUCGUCAUCCUCACUGAGAAAAUGUGCAAAGGCCACCUGGUGAAGAUGGGAGGCAAGAUCAAAUCAUGGAAGAAACGCUGGUUCGUUUUUGACCGACUGAAGAGGAACUUCUGCUAUUACAUCGACAAGCAUGAGACCAAGCUGAAAGGGCUCAUUUACUUCCAGGCGAUUGAAGAGGUUUACUACGAUCACCUGCGCAGCGCCGCCAAGAGUCCCAAUCCAGCUCUGACCUUCUGUGUGAAAACUCAUGACCGGCUUUACUACAUGGUGGCCCCGUCUGCGGAGGCCAUGAGGAUCUGGAUGGACGUCAUAGUUACGGGCGCGGAGGGCUACACACAGUUUAUGAGCUGAGAGACGGACGCUAGGAGGAGGAGGAGGAGGAGGAUGAUCAUGAGAGGAGAAAAGGAGGCAAGUGGACAUCGGCGCGCUGACCUGCUUCCUGCUGGAGCUGACAUGAAUGGAGUGAAUGUUUGAAGCGCAGGAACGUCUGAGGAGAGGAAAUGACUUCACGACACCGUAAACUGAACGAGGGCUCAGUCCUGACAGAGGCACGUUUUAAAGAAACGAAGCCGAGUCAUUUCUGAAUGUGCUUUAAACAAUUUCAGGCAAAAAAUGUUCAAGAUUUCUUAAUUUUUUUUUGUUAACAUCAAAUUGUUUACACCUCUAAAGAUAAUAUAAGCAUGCAGUGUUAUCCCUGUAACCUUUUUAUAUAUUUUAACAUUUUAUCCAGAUGCAGAAAAUAUUUAAUAUUCGCAGCACUAAACUCACUAGAAACAUUUCAGCAGAACAAUGGAUGUUACAAAGUAAAAUGUAACUUUGCUUGGUGCCAAAUACAAAUAUACAGUGAAUGACUUUUGCAUGAUUUUUUGUUAAUAUCUGUAUUUAUAUAUUGUCCCAAAAGCUAUUCAUCCAGGUACAUAACAGAGCGAUACAUUUGUACUUUAUAUGAAAAUCUCAAAUACUUCUCGUAAAAUUUCUAUAAAAAGCAAUAUUUACAGUGCUAUUAAGAUAUUCUAAAAUACACAUUAAAUAUAAAUAAAAAUGUAUAAAGCAGA